AUGGAAGAGAAGGACGGUAGCAUGUUCCCAUCUUCUUCUUCAUCGUCUCCUAGCCCAAUCUUUUGGUUCCACAGAUGCCAUGGGCAAGAUGCCCGAGCGCUGAAACCGGCAACAGUCAACAGAGCCGGGUUCGCAUCUGUGGCGGAGGCUUUUGCAGCAGUGAUGGACUUCUCGGAGAAUGGAGAGCAAACGUCGCUGCGGUGCAACGUAGAUGGUUUGUCCUUGGUCGUUGAAGACUCCUCUCAAGAGCCAGUGCCAGUGGUUGAAAGCCUUCUGAUGUCUGAAGUGAGCUGGUGUCCAGUUAAAAGUGGCAGCCAUGCCGACAUGACGUUGGUAUCGGUGGUUCCUCCAGCGCCUGGCUCUGGUAUCCGCAGUACCUCCGUGACAGGAUUGACGUCCACCGCUGAAGGCUGGUUUAUCUGCGUGCUUGGUUGCACACCCCACAGCUUUGUUGACAUGCUCAGUGCAUGUGGUUGUCUCCGGACGGACCUUGAUGCAUCCUUUACGAUGGCGCAUGACGGUGAUUGUGCCAUUGGAGAGGGAGCGUAUGCCACGGUGUAUCAAAUGCGGGCAGCGGCAGGCCACGAUGUGGCAGUGAAGCAAAUGCAUCACACCACAGACCUGGAGUCCAUUGAGCGAGAGGUUGCUGCUCUCGCCGAGCUGCGGGGUGACCACAUCAUCGGCUUCCGUGGAAUUUUCUGGAAAGUAGAGAUGGAGCAAGUUCGAUUCUCCAGUGUUUUUGACCUGGCAUUGGGUGGCGACUUGCUGUACAAGGUGCUUCAUUUGGGUGGGAUGACAGAAGCAUCUGCCAGACCAUUGUUCAAGGGAAUCCUUCGAGGAUUGAAAAGGAUCCAUGACCACAACAUCGUGCACAGGGAUGUAAAGACGGAGAAUAUUCUGCUGCAAUCCGGUGAUGUUCCGGUGCUGGCUGACUUCGGGCAGACUCCUUG